AUGGACCGCAAUCAGCAGGCGGUCGCUGCGAAUUUGAUGGAUCGGGAAGAGAAGAUCAUCGCAGAUGUGCUGGAGCGUUUUCGCAACCUGAUACUGGUCACGACGGAGCGCAUCACCAAUAAGGCAUCUACCGGCCAGGCUGCGUACCAUAGCAUGACCAUGGACGUUGAGACACAGGGCAUGAUCAAGUCGGUCGAGGAUCUCCUCGCGCUGACUCGUCAGUUGCGCGAGCUAUGGGUUGUGGGCCCAUUACGCAAGCCAGGCGAGGGCGAGAGAGAAGCAGAGGAGCAGAUUGACUCGGAGGUACAGACAGUUGUGCAGCUGCUGAACCAGAUACGAAGUCAGUCACGACAGAAACUUGUGAGUGAAGGCGGCGGCUUCGGGGAAUAUGUUGCUGGCCCGCUAGAGACUCUCGAGCCUGGCCGCGUGGAGGGGGCUGUGGCUGCCUCACAGGGAACUACUUCACAAUAA